AUGGUCUUUAUCUUGGAGAUUAGGGUGCAGCCCAUGUAAUUGUGAUCUAAAACAUGAGGAUCAAGAGUUGUUGGUGACCAACAAGAUAACUGCCAAACAUAUUCCUAAUCAUUGGGAAUCCAUCGGCAUUGAAUAUUUGUCAUAUUAUUGGUUAGAAAAUGAAACCCAAUUUGCAUUUGACCAUCCCCGUUGUUUUGCCUUCAUUAAUGAUGCCAUUGAAGCAGGAGAAGCUGUUUUAGUUCAUUCUAUUAGAGCAUUCAAUUGCUCAAUUUUUGUGGUUGUUGUAUAUUUAAUGCACAAGUAUAUGCUCCAAGUUUUACUUGAAGAUUAAAAUGGACAUUAUAAAAGACUUUACAAUAUAUACAUAAUCUAAAAAAACGGUUUUGAAAUUAAAUCUAAUGUUUUUCAAUAAUUACUCCAAUAUGAAAGAUGGUUUCGUGUCUUCAAACUUAGUUAAAAUUGGGAUAUUGCUACUAAUUAAGAUGAAAUAUUAGCUAGAAACACAUAUACUUACGUGUUUAUUAAAUUAAUUUAAUAAUUAUUGGAUUAUAUAAAAAAAUUAAAAUAAAUUCUUUAAUAUAUUGUUGUAUCUAAAUAGUUAAAAAACAUUUUCAAAUGAUAUAAAGAGAAAAAAAAAAUUAGUCCUAAAUAAGUUUAAUGGAAACAAAAUAUAGUUUCUCAAAUUAUUCCCCCUUAUCAUUAAAUGUAAAUAUUUAUUAAUUAUUAUAUAUUAGUGAAUUUAAAAAGUUCAUUACACCAAAACCUAUAAUAAAAUAUUCAAACAUGCCCAUCAAAUUGAAGGUUUAUUCUUUUGAUAAUAAUUAUAUGAAAAAAAACAAUACUUUAAACUAAAUUGUUGAUGAAUAAUUAUCAAGAAAAUUAAAUUAAAUAAGUGUAAAAUCAGAUCGAUAAUCAAUAAAACCAUUAGCUAGACCAGCUACAGCACCUUCAAACAGAUUACUCAAAGGCAAAGUAUAAACUUCAUCUCUUAGACUAUUAGUUAAAUAAUAUUGA